AUGGUAGCUUCGGAUGACUCAGUAAAUGAGUUCACUCCACAGGCAAUCUAUGGCACAGAAAAGGAGGCACUUGAUGAGUCGCAGUACAAUGUGUACGACGAUAAAAAGGACGACAGUGGUAUAGAAAAGCCUGAACCAAAAAGCAACCUUUGGAGAAAAGCAUACCUGUUUUUCUACCCAGAUUGGAUCUUAAAACAUACAAGCCGAAGUGACCUCAAACUAGUUUUGCAAACAUGGGUCCAAGUUUGGUCCACAAUCUUUCUUUGCAUAGUGCCCAGGACAGACGAAUGGUUAGGAAUAGCAUGCUUCUUAUUCCAGAUCAUGGGCUUCAUCAUGGCUAACGGUGGUUUAUCUGUUGUUAUCAAUGUUCUGCUAGCAUUCAUGUGUUCCUUUUAUGUGUGCGUAGCUUGGCUAUUUAUUGUGGUCGCUAGCGCCAUAAGCGCUCACUUGAGAGGGUGGCCCACCCAGGAGUCGGUGGCUCGGCUGCUAAUUGCUGACGGCAUUUGCACUUCUGAAAAUGUCUCCAAGUGCUACCAGGAACAAGUCACCGAUGGUAGAUUCCUAGAUACUCGGUGCACAGUCAUUUGGGUGUUUGCAGGGCUCAUAGCUUUCACCGCAUUUGGCAUGACAAGAAGGUAUCACCCUCUCAUGAGGCUACCUUUUGUUGCAGGCGCCAUUACCACCGUCAUAAUGACGGUUAAUUUUGUCACUUUGCCUACUUUCAUUGGUGCUGAAGUUUCAAUGGUCAUCAUCAAGCCAUUUCUACUAGCUUUCGUCUUUAAAAUUGUGUGUGCUUUCGUAGUGUUCCCCUUCACGUCGAGUCAUACAUAUCUCAAAGCCAUAAUUGGAAUUCACGACUCCUUGGCUGCUACUUGCGAGAAGAAUGCUAAUUUCUUCAAGACGAUUAAGCCUUCGCUCGACAACUUCAACAACCAUAAUCAAUUAGCCAGCGACGUACAGGCAUCAAGAGUUAAACUAGGGCCACUGGAGAUGUUUCUCAUUAGUUCAAGAUGGGAGGUUUCGUUUAGCAGAUUUGAUACAGGUGAUCUAGCGGAGAUCCGUUCCAAGAUCAAACCUCUCUUGACCGUCUUAGCAGGUUUUAAGUACUUGUACGAUCUUUUGGACGAAAGAAAAGAUGUCACACGAGAUGCAUACGCCCCACUCAAGAGGAAAGGAAGCUUGUCAAAUCAAUCCUUCUCUGACUCUCACAAUAAACUCCUUGCAUCAUUCAGGCAUACUUAUGCCAAAGUGGGGGUUUUCGAGACUCAGAUGAGAGUACAAAAACUAAAGGAUCAUUUCAAAGAAACCGGGAAAGCAAUCAGUCUUCAUGACUUAGAUGUCAUCUGUAGUUUUAUGAAAGAGCAUUAUGGUGAAUUUCUAGAAGAGGUUCCAAAAACACUUAAAGCUGUAUCUGCGUGGCUAAAGGCGGCUAAUUCUUUCAGAACCUACAGUUUAUUGAGCUGGUCAAAACACGUCAAUGAGCAAAAGAAACAGAACGAGAAUCUCCUUCACCAUGUAAAGAAGUUGAGGGCUGAGGUCCAGAAACUUGAUGAGGCCAAUGAAACCAUCAAAAGUCUUGCUAACAGAUUUGAUGGAGAGGAGCAAAAAUUAUGUCUAGUAAGUCAAAGUUCGCUUGUCGUAUUUUUCUGCAAGGAGAUUGCCCAACAAAUUUUCAGUCUUUGCUCAGUUCUUUCAGACUUAGACGAAACAAGACCAACGCCAAAAGUGAUAACCAUGUUUUCAAGUACUCGCCAUGACAAAAGAGUGACUAUCAAUAGAGACAUGUAUAAUGACGAUCCUGUUGGUAACGCUGAAGGGUCAUCCCCUAAUAUUGUGCGUCACCGAGAUCCAGACGUAUUGGAUCCCGAAAAUCUUUAUCAGGUCGUUGUGAUAAACCUCUUCAGUUUUUAUCGAAAUUUAUAUGAGAGUGAGAAUUUGUGGUUUUGGGUACGCCUGUCUAUGCUUCUACAGUUUUGUUGCUUUCCAUAUUAUUUCCGUCCAUCGACGGGAUUCUUCACGAGACAUCGAUUGCUUUGGCUUCCCAUUACAUGCGCUGUUUCCAUCUCAGAAUACACUGCAGAAACAGUGUACCUGUUUUUGUCAAAAAUUAUUUACUCCUUCAUUGGCUGUCUCGCAGGUAUGAUAGGUUGGUACAUCUCAACCGGGAGUGGAAAUGGAAAUCCUUACGGUUAUGCAAUUGUCACAGCUGUCAUAUAUUUCUUGACGGCCUAUUAUCGUCAAUUUGCUGUGCACAUAACUAAGGUCCCGGGGAUUAUGGUAAGUGUAACCCCAGUAUUGGUCUUAGGAACUAGUUGGUCCGACUCUCGACUGCUGUUCCCCUCUAACAUAGGGGUUGGAUGGCGCGUGGCUGUUACUAGGUUUGUCAGUGUUGUGAUUGGUUUGUUUGUUUCGCUUUUAGCAAGCUCGUUUCCAAAACCAAGAAGCUCGAAAGUCGCUGUCAGGAUGAUUCUUUCGGGCGUUUUGGAGUCUUCGAAUGACAUGUUCUCGAAGAUUUCUGAGUUUGCUUUGAAGCGUAUCGAAAACUCAAAUAUACAUAUCAAAGUUCGUCACGACGAGGCCAGUGAUAAGAUGAGAAGUCUAUUAAUUUCUCUAGCAAAUGCCAGAGCAAUGAUGAACUUCAUCAGGUAUGAAACUGCUUGGACCGGAAACUGGCCAACUGAGACCUACCGCACGUUACAAACCUUAGUAAAUGACCUUAUUCAAUUAUACUACUUGAUCUAUAUUCUGAUCAAUCAGGUCCAGGACACAAAGGAGUGGAUGCCGAUAAUACUUGAUAGGUUAGGCUGGACGAAUGCAGAUUUGGUGGCGGAAGUGCUUGCUCUCACUGGCAUGUCCGCUGGUGCACUCCGGCGAAAGAGCCCUAUGCCUAAAAUAACUAACGCCAACUUAACUGCAAAGCAUUUUGAGAGUGUCAGUGAGCAGUGGGGUGUGAGCAGUGCCACGUUGAAUGAACGAUUCUACGACGAGGUAGAAAGUAGUAGCAUCAGAUCGGAUGAGAAUCAUGAUGAUUGUGCUAUCACACAGAGACACGGAAAAACGGUGAAUUAUCAAAAAUUGCUAAGCCACGAUGGACAGAUCAAUAUAGUGUGCUUGUUAUUGAUGCAUUUGGCAUAUCAAAAGAUCGACGACAUCGUCAUUACAGUCAAGUCACUCGUUGGAGAGAAGUACGAUGUUAGUGAGGAGCUCUUUGAACUAAGGAAAUGGGAGAGAUGA